CCUCAGAACAGCCAGAGAGCGUCCACCAGCCUUCAGCGGUGACGUCACGAGGAUUGUUACAUUGUAUCCGCACAGAGUGAGCUCAGAGUCUGAAGAUACACAGAGCAGAGAGAGCCUGGUAUUGGGGAGACUGAGGGAGCACCCCUAGAAAGAGACCAGGACAGGCCGAUUGGAGAGCUGAGGGGGGAGUCUGGACUAACACACAACAAGAUGCCGUCUGAACGGCCCUUUAAACACAGGAGGAGCUUCGGUGAGUUAUGGGUGAUGGGCUGUCAUUAGAUAUUGUCUGGGUAUGGGGUCAUGGGAAACAAAGAGUUAAUCAAUUAUCCCCCUUUAUAGAGAAAGCAGCCAGGCACUGCAUGGAUAUAGCCCAGUAACACGCAGGAAAGGGGUCUCUGUAUUAUAAACAUAAACCCAGCACUGUCUGAGCCUGUCCUGAUAAUCUGCAGUCAGGGGGUCUCUGUACAUUAGAUAUAAACCCAGCAGUGUCUGAGCCUGUCCUGUCCUGAUAAUCUGCAGUCAGGAGGUCGCUGUACAUUAGAUAUAAACCCAGCAGUGUCUGAGCCUGUCCUGUCCUGAUAAUCUGCAGUCGGGGGGUCGCUGUACAUUAGAUAUAAACCCAGCACUGUCUGAGCCUGUCCUGAUAAUCUGCAGUCAGGGGGUCUCUGUACAUUAGAUAUAAACCCAGCAGUGUCUGAGCCUGUCCUGUCCUGAUAAUCUGCAGUCAGGGGGUCGCUGUACAUUAGAUAUAAACCCAGCACUGUCUGAGCCUGUCCUGAUAAUCUGCAGUCAGGGGGUCGCUGUACAUUAGAUAUAAACCCAGCACUGUCUGAGCCUGUCCUGAUAAUCUGCAGUCAGGAGGUCGCUGUACAUUAGAUAUAAACCUAGUGCUGUCUGGACUAGUCCUGUCUGGGGGUCUCUGUACAUUAGAUUUAAACCCAGUGCUGUCUGAGGCUGUCCUGAUACUCUGUAGUCAGGGGGUCACUGUGCAAUAGACACAAACCAAGUACUGUCUGAGCCUGUCCUGAUAAUUUGCAAUCAGGGGGUCUCUGUACAUUAGAUAUAAACCCAGCACUGUCUGAGCCAGUCCUGGCAAUCUGCUAUGGGGGGGUCACUGCAUAUUCUAUACUAAUUCAGCCCUGUCUGAGCCUGUCCUGAUAAUCUGCAGUCAGGAGGUCACUGUACAUUGGAUGUAAACCCAGAACUGUCUGAGCCUGUCCUGAUUAAUAUAUAACAAAUUACAUGUUGCCCGGUAUAUGUAGCAGUGAAAGGGUUAACUUGUGUAAUCACUAGUAAUAAACAUACUGAAGGUCAGAAUGUCCUCACCCAGAGGGUGAUACACACUAACAGGUGCUAACUUCAUGUGAUAUUUAUUUACCUUCAUUUUAGCGCUAUUCCCUCUCAUUCACUGACCGUGACAUGUUGGUAAUAUGUGCGAAACAAACAAGGCUACAUAUAGUGGGACUGAGUAUCUUUGACAGUUACCUGUUGUCAGACUACAAUUCCCAUGAUGAAUCUUGUUGUUGGGGCACUAGUUGCCCCAUUUUACAGCCUUCCAUUUUCCCCAGAUGUAACAGAGAAUAGAAAUGUUUGGUCAGACACCUGCUAGAUGGGGGGAUGCUGUCUGGCUUUGUCCUCACAGAUUGUGUUUUCCCAUAAUCCCCUGGCACUCAUUGCUUAGUGUAGAAUUAUGGGAUAUGUGUUCUAGAACCGCAGAGGAACAAAACGACUUGUUACAAGAUAUCACUGGACCAGAAUGUAGACCUAUUUUUUUGUUUUUGUUUUGACAUAGAACUUCUGGUCCAUUAUUAACAUAUGUCUGUAUAUACACUUUUGUUAAAAUUCUCACACACGUAUGACGUAUAGACAUUUACACCAUUUUAAACUUUUGACCAGUCUUUACAUUUGUGACGUUAAUUUGGUUGUGUAACUGUCCUGAGUUUUGAUAUUGAUAUCAUUUUUUCAGGUUUUAUCAUGAAUAAAGCAACCAUUUUCGUGAGGUGGACCGCAGAAUUCCAAAACCCGGGUUAGCGGGCUGGUCGACACUAAAUAAAUUAUUAUCAAAUAAUAGAAGAUAGGGAUUUUUUUUUCAGGCAGGCUGGAGACUAGGUUGAAUCUUUUGAAGGCCUUGGUAAAUCUGCUACGACAGCACUGCCUGUGUAAACACUCAUAGAUAAACACACUGUGUUCUAGGCAGAACAGAUUUCCCUGUUUUUCAAGGAGAAGUCCCUGUACAUCUUGUCCCCUGAAUUCAUCCGGUAAAAGUUCACCUAUCUGCUCCCUAUAAUAGCUUUAAACCAGGGCUGUGAGAGCAUUAUGGGAGAUGUAGUCCUCCAGAUAUUUUGGACUACAUCUCCAUUAAUGCUCUUACAGCCAUAAUGCUAGUAAAGCAUCAAGGGAAAUGAAGUCCACAACAUCUGGAGGGCCGUAGGUUCCCCACCCCUGCUUUAAACAAAUAGAAAAGAAGGUUGAGUUGAGAGCAAAAUCAAAAUGUACUGAUAUGAUCUACUGUAGUGUUCCAUACAAUGCUGAUGAGUCCCAGAUGAGCAAAACUGUGUCUUCUAUUAUUAUUACUUUUUAUUUUAUUAUUUCUAUAGCGCCAGCAAAUUCUAUAGCGCUGUACAAUGUCUAUGGUUGGUAUUUGGUUCUUGUUCCUUUUAGAUCAAAUCGAAACCUUAGUUGCUUUUUAUUUUGUGUGUGUGUGUUCUUUUUAAAGGUAUUUUUUAAACAGUGUUAAGGGUGUCUCCAGCAAUGUAUGAUGAAAUCUGAAACAUGAUACCUGUUUUUUGCAAAUUUGCAUCCAGCUGGGCAUUCUGGGAAAAUUCUGGAAACUUGACUUCCUGGCAAUGCUGUGCCCAAGACAGAUUUUUACCAAGGUCUGACUUGUAAUAUACUGAACUCUGUGAUGCGCAACAUUAAAUUCUGAAUUUGUAUAAAUAUAAAAAGUGUCUCUAUUACUUUAAUAUUCCUUAGAGUCUAGGAGACUUUAUUUUGGGAGAUAUAUAGCUAAGCUUAUAAAAGAGUGUUAAAAAAAAUACACUCUAAGGUGUUCCUUUCUGUUUAUAGAUUCAGGAUCACCAUUUAAAAUUAAUAAAAUAAAAUAAUUUAAAUAAAAGCAAUGAAACUUACCUAUAAUCCAGCGCAGAAACAGGCACCUGACUCCUGGUGGACCUCAGAUAAAUUGUUAAACUUCUUACAUCUGGCUUGAUUACUUUUCCUGUAAGUGUGCCAGCAGUGAGCUGUAGUAGUUAUGGUGCUUGGAGUCAGCGGGAGAACCCGUCAGUGCUGCUGGUGCGGCCGCACUCGGAAUCACAAUAUUUCUCACAGCUUAUAGAGAGGUACGCGAGAAUGAUAGGAAGAUGCAGCAAAAGGAGGGUGACAUAGACAGACACACACCACCAGCCCCAGACUACCAUUAGCCUCAGCCAGCAGCCAGAUCCCACAGAACCCCAGGGAAUCCACCCUCCUGCACACAAAAUGUAUAUAAACAGGAGGGUGGUUAAAACAACGUAAAUUAUAGCUUGUGUGUAUUUGUGUAUGUAUAUGUGGCAGUAUAUGUGUAUGUGUCCAUACAUCCCAGCAUUCAACACAAACAUACCCUGCAUUAAAAUGCUGACACUACAUACAAACCCUCCUCUUCAUUCGAGUGCCAACACUACAUGAAAACACAUGCCUGCAAUCAAAUGCAAACACUACACACACCUACAUUCAAACACUACAUACAAACACAACCUGAAGUGCUUUAUUUUGGGGUCAAGAAGGAAUUUUUUCCUAGUUUGUUGCAAAAUUGGAAGCGCUACAGACUGGGUUUCUUGCCUUCUUUUGGGUCAACAGCAAAAACAUAUGUGAGGAAGGCUGAACUUGAUGGACGCAAGUCUCUUUUCAGCUAUGUAACUAUGUAACUAAUUUAUCUGGAGUGUUUCAGUUUAAAUUUAGGUUUUGUGAAUAUUUUUUUUUAAUCGUUUUAUUUAUAGAUUAUGCUACAUUUAAUAUCAUCAGAUAAUAUUUUGAAAAUGUUUACAGUCUUGUACGUGAUGAAAUAAAAACCAAAAACAAAACACACUUAAACCCAUUUUUCUCACCUAUCUCCCUUCCUCCGUCCAUUACUAGAGAGCAUACAGGAUAUUUAAAGAUGAGGAUAUUUUUUAUUUUAGCAAGCAAAACUGGGAAAAAAAAUUGAAAUUAAGUUGUUUGGAACUAAGGAUUCUGGGCGCCUGUUUGACUGCGCUGAAUGUCUGUUUUAGAGUUGCACAAAUCUUUGUAAGAAUAACUGCAUUUCUAAUCCACUCUGAGAAUAGGCUUUGGGUGUCUAUUCGCCAUUAGCUUUACAAAGUUGUGAUGGUGCUUAGAGCAUUGAGCUGUAAUGUUAUGGUGCUUGGUGUAAUCCUUUGAGUGAUUGGCUGAAUGACUUCCUGGUUUUGUGGGAGCUCCCUGCCCAGCUAUGGUUUUGUAAUAUAUGCAGAAACUUUCAAAAAAGAUAUUAUUUUAUUUAUUUAUUUGGUGCUAUUAAUGCACGACCUUCAGUUGGAACCUGGCAGCCUUGUGUGAGUGUUGAACCCAGUGGAUCAUUAAAGUCUCAAAACAGCAACUGUUCCUCUGUCUUUACCACCUUUUUAGUGUUUUAAAAGCUGUUACCUUGUUUCAAACACCAAGACAGAUGCAGUUGCUUUGGCACUGCCUGCUGACUCUUCUGCAUUCUCGUCCAAUCCAAUGCUUCUCGCAGAGAAGCACUGGGGAUGAGUUACACAUGCGCGGCAAAACGCUGCACACCUCCAAUGCUGCGAAGGGCAGCUUUUAAUUGAGAGUUUGACUUCGUUCAGAGGUGGCAGCCCCCCUAGUGGCUGCCGGGAAGACAUUGAGAUGAAGUGGUCUGGGUGCCUUUAGUUGUCCUUUAACACACAAUUUUUGCACAUGGCAUUUGUGUUCCGACACAUUCUUUGAUUGUUAUAUAUUUCUAGACCUUAUAAAAUUUUUCUAAUGUUGCACGAUUUCUGCUUCAGCGGGUAAUGGCAGCUUUACAAUACAUUUAUUUAUUUAGUAAUUUAUUCUGGGAAUCUCCUGGGUCAUUUUUGUAUUAAAUAACGAUGGAGACACAACACUGGGGUCAAGAACUGAUGGUUAAAACAUUUUUUUUAUUUUUUUUAAAUGACAGGAUCUCUGUGUUAUAGUGGGGGCCUCUGGCACACCUACACUGUUGGCCUUUUAGCCAUUAGGCUGAGUCAAACAAAGGCACACUAGCUCUCUGUGACUGCAAAUCCCAUCAAGACACAUCCCAGCUGAUUUGCUUUGAGUGAGUGCAUUCGAUUUCCUAUCCUUCGUAUGUCACAUAGUUUAGCCAUCUGUAAUGUGACAAUCCUAGAUAUUGGGGAUGUUUUGAGUGUUGAUCCUGCUAUCACGUGUAGGUGUUGCCAUGAAAUGAGAUAUUUUAAUCCUGUUAAACCACAGAGCUGUGCCACAUUCCAGUGACUAUGUGUCCGACAAGUCACAGCGUUGUCAUGUGUUAUUUAUAUGUAAGAUCUAAUUCUGUCUCCACGUUUUUAAAAAAUCCCCCAAGCCAAAGAGCUUGCAAUCUUUUUUUUUUUUUUUUCUUCCUAGAACUACUUAAACCUUUUGUAAUAAAAUUAUUUUCCAUAAUUAUCCCUGUGCCACAAGUCUUGCUAUGUCUAUAUUCUAUGUCUGUCUGCAUUCUGUGUUAGACAGUAUGGUUCUAUACGCAGAGCUCUGUGAGAGAGUUGAUCAUUUUCAGAGCACAGCCUCCCUCCCUCCUUGCUUCCUUUAUAAUCAGUGCUAUUUUAAUCCCCUACUCCUUGCCUUGUUUUUAAACAUGACCACGCACACUUAUUAACCCAUACCUGGCUGGGAGGAGCGUACGGUCUCUUAUAACUGGCACGCGACCACCUAUGGUGGUACUUAUAAAAUGAUGACUAUUUCAAUUUUUUUUUUUUUUUUUAUUGAUUUGGAUUUUGCUGAUGUCAAUAAGCCUCUUUAUGUUAUCAAUCUAUUAUAAGUGCCUCAAUUUUUCUACUUUAGCUUCCAAUCAGCCCAACCCACUUUAUCCACCCAGACCCCAUUUAUUAUUUAUCUCUCAAUUCUCACUCCCCAUGUAUUUAUGCCGUCUCAGACCCGACACCUUGCCAUCGCUCUAUACAUAUCUCUGUAAAUAACCCCCCUUUUGGUGUUUAUCCCUCCUAUUUGUUUAUUCUCACAAUCCCGCAGUUUCAAGUUAUCCCGCUGCCCCCCUGUUCUUGCUUGUAUACCUUUCCCCAUUCUGCAUGUAUAUCCCAUCCUGCUCUUUGCCCAUAACCCAAAUUCCACUCUUUGAAUUUUCUCCUUCCAAUUCCACCUGCAUUUAUAUUUCCAUCUAUUUCACCCAUAUCCACAGAUUCUAAAUAAUCUCCCCAUGUAUAAAUCAUCCAAUCCUGUUUUUUUAUUUUUUGUUUUUUUUUAUUCUAGCAUUGUAGAAUGGACGUACGCACGCUGGUACCAUUUAGUAUCCUAACCCAAUUUGGUUCUUUCUGCCUAUAUGUUCCUUUGCAUUUAUGCUCAUAAUCUCCCUUUUUAAUAUAAUCUAUAUUUUAUUUCUUCAAAUAUUACAUAAGAUUUUCACUUUACUCUGUAUCAAGUAAGUUUCCCAAAUAUGUUUCCCUUCCAGUCAUAAUGCAAUUACACUUUAUCAUGUCUUUACCUUUGUCCUCAGAUGUCCUCCUGGCUGUAGAUUAGUGCUGGGUUUAUGUUUAAUGUAAUGUAGGAGAUCUGACUGCAGAAUAUCAGGACAGGCUCAGACAGUGCUGGGUUUGUAUCUAAUAUACAGCGACCCCUGACUGCAAGUUAUUGAGACAGGCUCAGACAGUGCUGGGUUUGUAUCUAAUGUACAGCGACCUCCUGACUGCAGAAUAUCAGGACUGGCUCACACAGUUCUGUGUUUGUAUCUAUUGUACAGAGACCUCCUGACUGCAGAUUAUCAGGACAGGCUCAGUCAGUGCCAGGUCUAUAUUUAAUGUACAGCGACCCCCUGACGGCACAUUAUCAGGACAGGCUCAGACAGUGUCGUGUUUAUAUUUAAUGGACAGCGACCCCCUGACUGCAGAUUAUCAGGACAGGCUCAAACAGAGCUGGGUUUAUAUCUAAUGUACAGUGACCCCCUGACUGCAGAUUAUCAGGACAGGCUCAGACAGUGUUGUGUUUAUAUUUAAUGGACAGCGACCCCCUAACUGCAGAUUAUCAGGACAGGCUCAGACAGUGCCGGGUUUAUAUUUAAUGUACAUCAACCCCCUGACUGCAGAUUAUCAGGACAGGCUCAGACAGCGCUGGGUUUAUAUUUAAUGGACAGCGACCCCCUGACUGCAGAUUAUCAGGACAGGCUCAGUGCUGGGUGUAUAGCGAUAUCAUAACAAGUACUUUAACCUUUUGUUGAUAUAUUUCUUUAUAUUUCUUCCUCUUUAGCCGAACGUUGUGCAGAAGUUCGCCAAAUCCGCGAGCAGCACCCUAAUAAAAUCCCGGUAAGUAGCAAUAUUAGAAAUCAAUGUAAGACAAUCACACAUGCAAUUAUAUCACCUACAAACUGUUUCCCUGUUAUAUGGCGCGGUUCAUAUAUAUUUGGACAGUGACGCAGAUAUUGUGAUUUUGGCUAUGCACUCCAGCACAUUGGCUUUAUAAUGGAGCAAUGACUAUGAAGAUAACAUGCAUACUGUCAGCUUUACUUGCAUGCUAUAUUAAACCAUGAACUUUGUAGGAAUUAUAUUAUUGUAAACAUAGUUUAUCUGCUGGAUAAAUUAGCGUCACCUUGGACGGAGUGGUCAUAUUUUAACUUGUUUGGAAAUUAUUUCCUGUUAAUGACUGUCUGAUAUCUGUAACAUAUGGAUGUUAUAGAUACUGAGUACCCAGGUCUUCUAGGGUCUGUACUGCAGGAGGCAUUGUAGCCUCUGUUUUUGGGUAUUUUCCCAUCAUUUGUGUCUACAACAAUAGAAACACAUGCUCAGUUUAAUUAAAGGGGCAGUCUAGUAACCAUAAUCACUACAGCACACUGUAAUGUUUAUGGUGUCAGGUGUCCCCUGGCAUUGUCCAAUAUAAGUAGUGAAACUGUUUUAAAACUUGGUUUCCCUGGGCGAAGGGCCGGCACGACCACUAGGUGGAUUAGGCAGCUGCCUAAGGUGCACUGGCCCAGGGGGGGCGCAAUGCCCAGGCGCCCGACAGGACGGGAGCACAAAGCACUGCACUCCCCUCCUGCUAGUCUGUGUGUUGUGUUGCCGAGCGCAGACCGCGGUAGAGGAGCUUGUUUCCCUCUGCCUGGCCGGUCUGACAGGAAGUGAGGGCCCAAUUGCUUCCUGUCAGACUGGAGAGAGAGAAAUAAGCUCCUCUCCUGCGGUAUCUACUCAGCAACACAACAAACAGGAUGGAUGUGAGCUUUAAGGAGACACAUGGAGGGGUGGGGGGUAGACUAAGGAGACAUGUAGAGGUACUGUUGAGGGGUUAAGGAAACACAUGGAAGGACUGUGGGCGUUAAGGAGACACAUGGAGGUACAAGGGAGGGGUUAGGGAGACACAUGGAGGGGCAGCAGUGGUUAAGGAGACACACGGAGGGGCUGGCGGUGUUAAGAAGACAUAUGGAGGGGCUUUGGGGGGUUAAGGAGACAUAUGGAGGAGCUGGGGAAGUUAAGAAGGGGUUGGGGGGUUUAAUGAGAUACAUGGAGGGGCGGUAUGGGAUAAUGAGACACAUGGAGGAGCUGGGGGGGGUUAUGGAGACAUAUGGAGGGGCUUGCGGGUUAAUUAGACACAUUGGGACUAAGGAGGGGCUGGGGGUUAAGGAGACACAUGAAGAGGUUGGGGGGGUUUAGGAGACACAUGGAGGUUCUGGGGAGGUUUAAGGAGACACAUUAAGGGGCUGUGAAACACUGCUUUCAGUGUCCUGUGAGACCAGUUAGUGGAUACGAUCAUCUAACACGGGCAGUAAACAAGCAGGGGGAAGAGACAACGAAGGGAUAUGGGGGGACAAAGAGACAGACCGAGGAGCUUGGUGGGGCAAAGAGACACACAGAGGGGAAAUGGAGACUAGAUGGGAAGUACCUGGUGCACCCAGGUGAGUGUCAAACUGUCAAUUUAGUGUGGGACUGUGACUGCGCCCACCAUAAGCACUAAGGUGACAGGAAGUGGUUAUGGCACCUAAACUUCCUUUUAAGGUCAGGAGAUUGAUUUGGCAUUAAUAAAUAAAGAUAAAAUGACCAAAUUCUUCGUUUAGAUGACAUUUAACAUUAUUUAUUUAUUUAUUAUUGUUUUUUUUUUUUUACUGUUUGCAACUGCAAGCAUGCUUCAAUGAUCCGCUGUAUUCGUUUCCCAUGAUCUCAUAAGCACUUAUACUUUUCCGUGUCUCAUGUUGAGAAACAACAGCACAAACUCGUAAAGCAAAUGCCUCACCUAGAAUUACCUCUAGUCUUUCGUUGGCUCUCUUUUGCGUGAUCUAAUUAGGCAGCAACAUACAUUGCCAAGAACAAGACGAACGAUGAGCGGCAAACUUUUCAAUUACUUAAGAGAGAAUAAAGAUACAGAAAGAGAAUUUAGUUCUCACAUAAUUUACAGCUUAUUAAUGUAAAUACUAUUAAAGUAAAGUUGUCAUUCUGCACUUUAUCCACUUUGUUUGUCAUUGUUUAAUUUCAAUUGUUACAUGUCGGAAUGUAGUGCCGAAAGAACAGAACCUAUCACUGUUUUAAGAACACUCUGUGUAUGACCGGUUUAUGGUAAUGAAUUAUGCGUGUCUACCAUCGACCAAGUUGCUUUUCCAUUUCCUUUACUAGGGAUUGGACUUUGCAGCAGGGGAUAGGUUCUUUAAUUUGACAAGUUGGCAACGCGUUUUCUUCCAGGUCGCUUACAUCAGGUUUCAUUAGAUUAGUCAGCAGGUACCAAACACCAUGAGAAGGACUUUCUUAAAAUUUACUUUGGCCUAAAAUCAAAUGUGCUCCAAGAAAACACAAAUUUUGCUAUUCCAGUGAGGAGUAAGAUGGAAUGUCAUAAUUUACUGUCUGUCCUUUCUUUCCUGGUCAAAGAACGGAGGUGAGUAUAGCUAUUUUGCAUUGUAACCUGAAGAGAGUGUGGAGAGGAUCCACAAAAAGCUAGGUGUGAACUUCCUCUGAAUUCUGACUUCUACUGAGUGACUUAAAUCACUCAGAUUAAAAAAACAAAAAACAAACUACAAUUGUGGUGGCAGUGGUCUGGAAAACAUUAUGGCAGGUGAGGCACCAAGCUACACCCCCCUCCCUCUCGCUAUUUUUGACGAAAAGCCAAUAUCUGUUCAAAAUGAACUGGUUCCUUGAAGAGUGAGUUAUACUUACCUUCAGCCUUGGCCGCGCUGGUCUCGGUGGGGAAGCUCCACCUCCCUGGCUGAGAUCGAAGUUCCCAAAGGAAAGCAUUUGGGAUAUUAGUGUGCAUGCGCAGCAAAAUGUCUUGCUGCGCCAUUCAGAUGGUCUCUAUGAAACCAUCUGAUAGAAAUAUCAGAGCUUUACUGAAGUAUUUUGUCGGAAGCGCCUCUAGUCUCAUAUUGAAAGUCACUAGAGGCAUUUAAACCCUUCAGAACAGCAAUGUUUCCAUUUGUAGGAAUAAAACGAGAGGCUUCAUUGAGGAUGAAGUGGUUUGAGUGUCUAUAGAGUUAAUUUACACCCUGGGAAGCAAUUCCACUUAUUACAAAGGAUAUAUAGAAUUCCUAUCUAGACUGUCAACCGCUGUAGUUUUAUUUAUUUAUUUGGCUCAGGUAAGCUGUACAAAUAUUUGGAAAGGUAGAGGAGCAAGUAUAGCUGUAUUUUUACAUCGGAGUAUCAUUUGGGGACUAUUAUGUGCUCAUGUUACAGUAGGUAACCAGAGACUUAGGAGGAAGGGGCUUGUUAAUAAGAUCCUUCUCACAGUUUCGGUGACAUCAUGCUGUAUGUGAAGACACCAAACAUGAGAACUUUUAAUAGUGGAAGGUCUUCGAUAAGGAAGCACCUCUAUGGCUAAUAGUCUGACAGAGGUGUCUUUGUGAUCAGAUGUAAACAUCGCUGUUUUCUGAAGCAGUAAUCUUCUACACAGCCAGACUGCAGGGACUAUGCUCCAAAACCACCUCAUUAAAAUAAGUGUACCAUUAAAGUUUGGAAAUGUGUUUGUUUUAUUUAUUUUAAAGGGACACUAUAGUCACCAAAACAAUUUUAGCUUAAUGAAGCAGUUGUAGUGUAUAGAUCAUGCCCCAUGCACUCUCAUUGCUCAAUUAUAUGCCAUUGAGUUAAAUCCCUUUAUCUAUGUAGCCCUAGGCACACCUUCCUGCAUGUGACUUACACAGCCUUCCUAAACACUUCCUGUAAAGAGUCAUCUAAUGUUUAUACUUCCUUUAUUGCAAAUUCAGUUUCAUUUAGAAUUUUAUUUCUCCUGCUCUGUUAAUAGCUUGCUAGACCCUGCAGGAGCCUCCUGUCUGUGGUUAAAGUUCAAAUUACAGAGCAGGAGGGGAGAAUUUUUAAAGUGAGUCACAUCUGAUUGGAAAUUAAACAAUUUUGUUUUCAUGCAGGCUGUGUUUGUGACAGACAGGGGAGGUGUGUCUAGGGCUGCAUCAACAGAAGCAAAAGUAAUUUUCUGCCUAAAUGGCAGAGAAUUGAGCAGUGAAACUUCAGGGGCAUGAUCUAUACAUCAAAACUGUUUCAUUAAGCUAAAGUUGUUUUGGUGACUAGAGUGUCCCUUUAAGAUGUGCAGGGUUGGUUAACAUGGACUCCAAUAAACUUAUAGGGGUUGUGAAAUACAUGUGUGUAUUAGAGCGGUUCAUGGAAUGGAUUAAAAAAAUUUUGUGAGUGCAAGGUUUAGCAUUGUGAGUUAAAAGGAUACUAAAUGCACCCAGACCAUUUCAUCUCAAUUAAGUGGUCUGGAUGCAGAGCCCCUUUGUUUAAACCCUGCAAUGUAAACACUGACAUUUUGUAGAAAUGGCACAUUUAGAAACAGCACUGUUUUAUUGCAGUUUAAACACAGCUGACAACCACUAGAGAUGUUUCCACUCCGAUAACAGAGUCAGAUUCAGUUAUUCAAUGAAAUGCUUCUCAAAGGGAUCAUUGAUUGGACAAAUACAGCGUUUUGCUGCGCAGGCGCAUCUUGUCCUCAGUGCUUCUCAUAGAGAGUACGAAAAACACAUACUUUUUAACAAAGAUGAAAGAAGACCUCCUGGUUACAGUGGCGUUGUCUUGGCACUUAAAAUUAGGUAUUAAAACUUUUAACCGGAAGGAUGGGAGGAGGGGGGUGAAGAGAGGUCACAGCAAUUAAAGUGAUCUCAUAUUCCCCAAAAAAUAUUAUUACUUUUGGGACGAUAAGUUCCCUUUAAUAAUCAGUAUCUUAGAGUUAUACACAGGACACAAGGUUGACCAGAUACAAGAGGUGAUGAGAGUCCUGCUCAAACAAGCUCUGUACAAGUCCAUUUUAAUUAGAAUGCCCUUUUAUUUACUCAGUGUUUGGAUAUCACGGAAAAAAUAGUUCUCUUUUUUUUUCCAGUCAAAGAGCUUUGAUUUCCUUACAGCUGCAGGGUUAUUUGAGAUGUAAAUUAGAGGGAUAGCAGUAAUUAUGCAGCAAGGUAGUAUUACUGCCAUCUACCCUUAGGGCAGUAACAAGCGUUAGGGAUAGCAGUCAAAAACUUAAAGGGACACUAUAGUCACCUGAACAACUUUAGCUUAAUGAAGCAGUUUUGGUGUAUAGAACAUUCCCCUGCAGCCUCACUGCUCAAUUCUCUGCCAUUUAGGAGUUAAAUCCCUUUGUUUAUGAACCCUAGUCACACCUCCCUGCAUGUGACUUGUACAGCCUUCCAUAAACACUUCCUGUAAAGAGAGCCCUAUUUAGGCUUUCUUUAUUGCAAGUUCUGUUUAAUUAAGAUUGUCUUAUCCCCUGCUAUGUUAAUAGCUUGCUAGACCCUGCAAGAGCCUCCUGUAUGUGAUUAAAGUUCAAUUUAGAGAUUGAGAUACAAUUAUUUAAGGUAAAUUACAUCUGUUUGAAAGUGAAACCAGUUUGUUUUUUCAUGCAGGCUCUGUCAAUCAUAGCCAGGGGAGGUGUGGCUAGGGCUGCAUAAACAGAAACAAAGUGAUUUAACUCCUAAAUGACAGUGAAUUGAGCAGUGAAAUUGCAGGGGAAUGAUCUAUACACUAAAACUGCUUUAUUUAGCUAAAGUAAUUUAGGUGACUAUAGUGUUCCUUUAAGAGUACUUGCCACUUACACAGGUGGUGAGCUAAAGGCAUAUCCCUGGCUAUUGUAAAAUACCUGGCAAAGCAGGGAGGUAGUUGUUGUUAAUCAGCCUAUACAAAAUCCCUUUUGGCCACUACUGAAUUACAUAGUAGAUGCAUCUCCAAGAGGUUCAGGAGAAAUAGAAUUGGUUCCUCAUGGUUCUCUCUCAUUGACGAACUGAUACAGGUCACAGAAGUAACAUUUAGCAGGUUUGCUGGUGUUCCCUUUACAAGUCUAACCCAUAAAUAACCACAACAAUUCCAUACAAGCAAGAACGGUUCCAUACUGAUUUUGGUGUCACCUCUUUGUCCUUUAUUGAAUCAUUCUUUACAAACCGAUAGCUAGGUGAUAGUUGGAUAUAUAUUUAUGAAAUUCUGUUUUAUUCGUUUUCCUUUACCUGUCUUCAUGGGUGGCUCAGCAUGUAAGGAAACAUGUUGACUCUUCAUUGUGUUUGUCCCUAGGUCAUUAUUGAACGAUACAAGGGAGAAAAGCAGCUUCCUGUGUUAGAUAAAACCAAAUUUCUGGUUCCUGAUCAUGUAAAUAUGAGCGAGCUGGUGAAGAUUAUCAGGUGAGAUUGCGCACUUUAUUGCUACUCUACAUAACAUGUUCCAGGUUUAUCUCUAAACGCUCCAAAUAGCCUAAUUGUAUAGCCUUUAACCCCUUAAGGACACAUGAAAUGUGUGACAUGUCAUGAUUCCCUUUUAUUCCAGAAGUUUGGUCCUUAAGGGGUUAAAGGAUCACUAUAGGCACUCGGACCACUUUAUCUCAGUGAAGUGGUCUGGGUGCAGUGUCCCUGUCCCAUGAAACCUGCAAUGUAAAACACUGCUAUUUUCGAGAAACUGUGUUUACAUUGCAUGGUUAAAAAUCAUACCGACAGCCACUAGAGGUAUUUCCGCGGCACUGACUGCGUAAAAGCCGGUCACAUGACGCGGAAGCCCCAUAGACCGCAACGAUUCAAUGAUUUUUAGUAUGGAAAGGUUUGAAUUGGAUGAUAGGAGGAUGGCGAUGACACCUGAAAAAGAGUUGGGAUACUAUAGCGUUACUAAUACGGAUUUGUAUUCCUAACGCUAUCGUUUUCCUUUGACUGGUUCCUUCCACUGAUUCCCUUCAAUUAUAUAUGGAACUUCUUACUAUAGCUCAUUCUGUUAUUCCGCAUAACACUUGUUAUAGUAACAUCAUGCUAUAUGGUUUUUGCUCUGUAUAAUGAUAUAAUAAUCUAGGUUGAAAACUAAUUUUGAGUUCAUAGAGUUCCACCAAUAAAAUGCAUCUUUUUAUGCUGUUGGUCUAAAAAAAAAAAAAAAGGCAACAGCAAUUUGAAGCAAUAACCCAUUGUGCCACAAAAAGGGAGAAAAAAAAAAUCUUCUUGACUUCACAAUGGCGAUCCGAUUUCUCCUUGGAUCAAAAACCAGCUCACAUACGUUUUUUAUAUGCUUGAUUAUUUUUCAAAAAACAAACAAAUAUAAAAAGAAAACAUCAAGGCCUUUGUUAAAAAAUAUAUAUUUAAAUAUUCAUCUAUUUUGGCUCAUCUUAUUGCAGUGCACAAGCACUCCUGUUGCCCCAUUUAACAUUCCUAUUCAAAGGGACACUCUAAGCACCAUAAUCACUAAAUCCAUCUGUAGUGGUUACGGUGCUAAUAGGCUGUGAGUGAUCCCUGCUCUCCAUAUUGCUAGUGAGGAAGUUACAUUCCUACAUUACCAAGAUUAAUUUCUGCUAUUUUUGGAUGGUAGUGAUACGCUGACGAAGAUCAGCCUACUAGCACCAUUACAAUUGAAUUUAGUGUACCCUCCCUAUAACUCCUCCUAUUGCUCAUAUAACCCUCCCUAUAACUCCUCCUACUGUUCCAUAUAACCCUCUUAUAACUCCUCCUACUGUUCCAUAUAACCCUCUUAUAACUCCUCCUACUGCUCCAUAUAACCCUCCCUUUAACUCCUGCUAUUGCUCCAUAUAACUCUCCCUGUAACUCCUCCUAUAGUAAUAUGGAGGUUUGAAUUGGAUGAUUCCCUAUAACUCCUCCUAUUGCUCCAUAUCCAGAGGUAACCCUGCCUCUCUAGCCUAUACGCAGCAUAUGGAAAGUUUAUUGAAGAGAGUGCACUAAGUAACACUCUACCAGCUGUUUGGCUGGGAUUUAACUGGGAUGGGGGGGUUUCAUGUUUUUAUUUAUAGGAGCAUUGUAUGUAACAAGGGUCUCUGAGCACCCCAGUUGAACAAUAUGUGCACGUUUUAGGCAGUUCCAAAGAGUCUGGAGCUGGGGAAUAAUAAUAUAGCCCCUAAAGCCCACUGUGUUCCAUAAAAACUUUGCUAUAUCUCUCCCAUUGCUUUAUAUAACUCCUCCCUAGAGCGCUUACUAUUGCUUCUUUUAUGUAUAUAACAUCCCUUCAACUAAUCAAGUUGCUUCGAAACUGGUAAAUAUAGUCUUGAACCUUAGCCCAGUGACACAAACAGAAGAAAAAACAAAAAACUGUAGCAUAUCUUCCCCCUAAAUCUUGGUUGUGCUGUGACUUACAGGUUUACUUGCCAGUGGCUGGCGGAGAGCGAAACGUUCUGAACCCUGUACUACACUACUGGAAAUAUAAUUAAAAAAAACAAACAAAAAAAUAGCACUUGCUUGGGAAAAUGGAAGCACAUUGGAUUUGUGCGUUCAUUUUAUUUCAGAUUCCGUUUCUUAAAUGCACUUACAGUCCCUCUAAUAUAUUAAAAGUUAGGUUAAUAUCAUCCUUCUUUUAAAUUCUUUCUUCCACCCAGCUCAGUUAAUCUUAAUUCAAUUUCCUCUCCUUUUUCAGGCGCCGACUGCAACUGAAUCCGACCCAAGCCUUCUUCCUCCUAGUCAAUCAGCGUAGCAUGGUGAGCGUAUCUUCCGCCAUUUUGGAUAUAUAUGAACAAGAGAAGGAUGAAGAUGGCUUCCUGUAUAUGGUGUAUGCUUCACAGGAAACCUUUGGUUAAUAAAUGUCCUCGGCCCAUCUGGCUCCACGGUGUAUGUUUACCCAAGUCUACAAACCAACUCACUAACACUUGCUCCUAUGUCGAGAGAGAGACAAACACACACAUAAGCGACACCUAAGUACCCACUCAUACUCUGGUAUUGUACAAACAUUCCACCUAGGUUUGCACGUUUACCUGUGUGCAGACUGCCUACUGAAUAUACACAUUCUCUCAUGAAUAUACACGCGCAUAUAUAUAUACUUUUUCAGCUGCACACGGGAGAGACCUGCUUUCUGUUCACCUACUUUCUUUUGCCCAAGCACAACAAGGUUACCUAGUAAUAAUAGCAAAGAUUGUGUGUAACUAAUUGUUGACCUGUUUUGUGUAACGAGGAUUCUCCACCUUUGUAUACACUGUGUACCUUGUAGAUAGGAAAUGUCGACCUUUCGAGUUACAUCCCCCGCUUAUUACAUUUCCUUUUAAAUAUUUAAUAGUCACCUUUUAUGUUAGCAGCACAACCUUUAGCUUGUGAGGGUGUUAAAUGCCCCAGCAAACCAAACUGCCCCUUUGCCUUGGAGUUAAUGUUAUGGCUGCCAAAACAAAAGAAAAACGGCAUUUUAGGUAUUUUCUGCCGUAACCAGUUAGGUUUUUAAUGUUACUUCAACGGGUUUCAAAAAGAAGUUUCAGCAGUAGCUAUAAUCUAGCCUGUUUUAUUUUUUUUGUAUGUCUGUUUUAAUUAGCCUGAUGUGGGCAAAAUGUUUUUAAUGUACAUUUUAGUUGUAGAAAUUUAGACUCAUUGAUAUGAUUAUGGAACACGUGUAUUAAUGUAAAUGUUCACUAUAAGUUUUUUGCCAUCCUGAUUUUCUGUUUACUCUGUUGUAUUAUCUGUUUGGGGGACGGGGGUCUACCUUUUUAGAAUUGACAUGGAGUGAAAUUGAUUUUCCCCUUCCAAUAAAUAAAAUAUAUAGAAACCAAUGUGUAUAUAUAGAGAUGUACCACAUGUAUAAAGAUAAAUAAAUACAAUAUUGUGUCAGACAUACUUUUUAUGGUUUUGUAUAGAAAUGUUUAUCUGGCUCUGGUGGGUGGAUCAGGGUUUAAAACAAUACAAUCAUUUUACUUAAAGGACCACUAUAGGCACCUAGACCACUUCAGCUGAAUUAAGUGGUCUGGGUGCCAGGUCCAACUAGGAUUAACCCUGCCUGCUGUAAACAUAGUUUCAGAGAAACUGCUAUGAUUACACUAGGCUUAAUCCAGCCUCUAGUGGCUGUCUCACUGACAGCCGCUUCUCACUAAUUUUCACAGUUAGAAGACGCCAGCGUCCAUAGGAAAGCAUUGAGAAUGCUUUCCUAUGGACUGCCUGAAUGCACGCAUUCAGCCGAUGACAUCAGGAGAGGGAGGAGAGUCCCCAGCGCUGGAGAAAGGAAAGUGUUUAACCCGCUUCAGUCCGGCAGGAGUGGGACCCUGAGGGUUACUGUUCACUGUCCUGCAGAAAUAUCUGUACCAAGAGAUUUGUUCAAUAUGUUCUACAGCUAUGCUAGUAUUGCAUUUUUUUCUUACCCCAAACUGUCUGCUUUUCCACCCAUACCCUUUUCUUUACCUCUUACAACCCCAUCCACCACCAAGCAACAGGGGGACGCGGUGGCGCCGCCCGCAGACUGACGGAAAGACCGGAGACCGACAAUAAGGUACAAUAGCACAUUCUUAGACUCAACACAUGGAGCUUAAACUUACUUCCCUUAACGUCACCGACCUCAAGGUGCCAAAUAAACGCAGACUAUUACUUAGAGAACUACGGAGACAAAACACAGUCAUAACCUACAUACAAGAAAGCCAUAUCCAAGCCACGUCAAAGAGUCAAAUCACCGACCAUGUAUACACAAGGGCAUAUGCAUCGCGCACACUCUGCAAACAACACGGUGUAGAAAGUCAUACACAAAAGGUGCCCUUUUAACGUGCCGACAGGACCGGUGCACGGAUUUUUGCCGUCCCCACCACGUGACAUCACAAUGCCCCACCCAUAUGCUCUGCCAUAUGGGCCAUCGCCAGUUCUGAACAAAGUCUCUUAUCGAAAAAGGCAGUGUGUUUACAUUAAAAAGCCUGCAGGGACAGGCUAUAGCCACCAGAACCACUACAUUUAGCUGUAGUGCUUCUCAUGACUAUAGUGGCCUUUUAAUGUGAGAUAAAUUAGAGAUAAGUGCCACUAAAAAAUAUACUGGAUUGCCUACUUACCACCAGAUGAGGAUAAGAGGAGGAUGAUGAUGGGCUCAGGCUGCAGUCUGGCUCCACAGGUCUGGUGUAGAAGAGGCUCUCUGAAGACUAACAGUGCUCACAACAAUUAACGAACAGGAAGCCGCUCUAUUUUGGAGGCCCCUUAAAACAGCUCAAGGUCAGGGCCUGACCGCGAGUAUGCCUACAAGGCCCAACCAUAAGUUCUCUCACAGGGAGUUGAUUGUAUGUAUGUAGGGGUGUGUUAUUGUAGAGGAUGUAAUGUGUGUUUUCUGAUGGAAUGUAGUGUAUAGGGAUACCAAUUUGUGUAAGGGAUGCAAGGUGUGUUUCGGUGUAUGUAUUUUAAUGCAGUGUGUGUAAGAGAUGCAUUGUGUGUGUGUGUGUGUGUGUGUGUGUAUAAGGGAUGCAUUGUGUGUUUCGGUGUGUGUGUG